UGCUUCUGACUGUUUCUAACCUUCCUUUCAUUCGCCGGACGUGUUGCUUUAUAAAACGUGUCGAAUAUUUGUUCAAUAAAUUUGUGAAUAAUUUUAAAAUAAUGGCGGAUAUUGAAAUCAAAAAGGAAAAGAAAAAGAAGAAAAUUAAGGAAGAGCCAAUUGAUGCGGAUGAUCUUGGAGUGCUACAAAAAUCUGGCGACUUUUCUGUGAAGCCAUCUGAAAAAUCUGUGAAGUUAGAUGCUUCGCAAUGGCCUUUGUUGUUGAAAAAUUUCGAUAAGCUGAAUGUGCGUACCAACCACUAUACACCUUUACCUCAUGGCUCUUCUCCACUUAAUAGAGAUAUUAAAGAAUAUAUGAAGUCUGGUUUCAUUAAUUUGGAUAAACCAUCUAAUCCAAGUUCACACGAAGUUGUCGCCUGGAUAAAGAAAAUUCUAAAAGUUGAGAAAACUGGACAUUCUGGAACAUUGGAUCCAAAAGUGACAGGUUGUCUUAUUGUGUGUAUUGAUCGCGCAACACGCCUAGUUAAGUCACAACAAAGUGCUGGUAAAGAAUACGUUGCCAUAUUCAAGCUACAUUCGCCAGUGGAGUCGGUAGCAAAAGUUCGUCAAGGAUUGGAAAAAUUGCGUGGUGCACUCUUCCAACGACCACCUUUAAUUUCAGCAGUCAAAAGACAAUUGCGUGUUCGUACAGUUUAUGAUAGCAAACUCUUGGAUUAUGAUGAGGCUCGUAAUAUGGGUGUUUUUUGGGUUAGCUGUGAGGCGGGUUCGUAUAUUCGUACCAUGUGCGUACACUUGGGCUUAGUGCUAGGAGUUGGUGGCCAAAUGUUAGAACUGAGACGUGUACGUUCUGGUAUACAGUCUGAGCGUGAUGGCAUGGUGACGAUGCACGAUGUCUUGGAUGCUAUGUACCUGUAUGAAAAUCACAAAGACGAGUCGAUGUUGCGACGAGUAAUCAAGCCAUUAGAAGGUUUACUUGUUAACCACAAACGCAUUAUAAUGAAAGACAGCUCGGUCAACGCUGUUUGCUACGGUGCGAAAAUCAUGUUGCCCGGUGUGUUACGUUAUGAGGAUGGUAUUGAAAUUGAUCAAGAAAUUGUCAUCGUCACAACAAAGGGUGAAGCAAUUUGUUUGGCCAUUGCACAAAUGACAACAGCAACAAUGGCAUCAUGUGAUCACGGUGUCGUAGCUAAGAUCAAACGUGUUAUCAUGGAGAGAGAUACAUAUCCGCGUAAAUGGGGCCUAGGACCUAAAGCUUCAGCAAAGAAAGCACUUAUUGCGGCAGGAAAAUUGGAUAAGUAUGGACGUCCGAAUGAAAAUACACCCAAGGAGUGGUUAACCGGCUUCGUUGAUUACAAUGCAAAGAAGCCUGCGGCAGCUGUAGCGCCACAAAAUACAACGCCAAGCCAUGGUGGCAGUACAGAGGAGGGUAAAAAGCGCAAAUUGAGCGUGACCAGCCAAGAUGAGAACACUGGAUCCGUGGUACCAGCUGAUAUUGAAAAGUCCGAAAAGAAGAAGAAGAAGAAGCAUAAAUCCGAUAAAGAGGCUCCCGAAGAAACAGUAGUGGGGGAAGAGGGAGCGGAGGUGACAGAAAAGAAAGAGAAAAAGAAGAAGAAGAAGAAGGACAAAGAUAGAGAAAAAGAAGCUGAGGAAUGAAUUAAGCCUUUGUAGAUCGCUAAAUUCAAGUCUAUUGCAGUGCAUUUUAUAGAGUACCGUUCUAUUGCGUUAAUUUUAGUUAACUUCCUUUUUUAAAUACAAAAUUGUUUGCAAAAAGUUUUAAGGUUGACUCAGAAAUAAGUCUGAGUAGGUUAAGUAUGUGGUCUUUCUAAGACAUAUAUUUUUCUAUGAAUUGACAACACAUAAUAGACGACCUCAGCAAAUAUACAAAAUAAUACAAUAAUUACAUUUUAUGUAUUGUAGCUAUAAGAUUAAAGAUAAGUCUGGUAACUGUAGACUACUUAAUUUCUCAGCUGUACAAAUGGUAUAUUACCAAUAUGUGGCUGACAACAAAAACAUGAAAAUAUACAACGUAGCCUAUAAAAAACGUAACUUUUUCUUAAGCAUAUUUAGAUACUUAAUCUCUGUUGAAAUUCGUGUUUACUAUUUCCAAGGUCUAAUAAUUUUAGUAAAUCAUAUAAUUAAGGUUAGUAUUUUGCUUUAUUUAUUUAUGCAUAAACAUAUAUUACACUAUUCGUAUUACAGAUGUCAGCUGACCACAUCACGAGCUUGAACUUAAAAGCAACGUAAACAAAAUUUGCAUGCUGUCCUAUAUAUGCAGAUUUAUUUAUUGGAUGUGGUCUUCGGAAUUCAUAAAUUAUAAAAAAAUUACCUGUUCGUCAUUUGCAGUCGUUCCGUUAGUUGCAGCCAUUUUAUGAAAUCUUCGUUUUUGGAGCACUUAACACCUAUUUACUUUAUACGUGGCUAUCGCAAUGAAAAUUUUAUAUUAUAUGGGAUCUGGAUAACAUUUGUGCAGCACUAUAUAUUAGUAUUAUCACGUCACUUUUGAAUAUAAACCAAUUUUCCUUAUGCUACAUACGGUGAUAGAGGUUAUGUAAGAAAUCAGAGAAUGAAUCUGAUAAACAUAUUCAGGAAGAUAUGGUCAACAUUUUAUUGUUUCUUGUAAAGUAACAACACUAGCUCGGAUACACAUAAGUCGUACCGAUUCAGUAACAAUAUGGACAAAUUUCUUCAGAUAAUUUGCCGAAGCGAAAAGGAAAAGAUUCAGG